AUGCCACUGGUGGACACAAAGAACCCAUUGGUCCAUUUGCUACUGCUAAUUAGACUCAUCUGUGUGUUUUAUUCCAUCAUUCCAGAUUGUGAUGAAGUGUUCAAUUAUUAUGAACCACUAAAUUUCCUAUUAAGAGGCUUUGGUAAACAAACGUGGGAAUAUUCACCAGAAUAUGCUAUUAGAUCUUGGGCUUAUUUGAUACCCUAUGCAAUCCCAACUUAUCCAGUAACUGUUGCUAUUGAUUAUUUCAAAAUUUUACCUCCACAAGCUGCUUUUUAUACAAUUAGAUUGAGUGUUGUUUCAUUCACUUUAUAUUCAGAAUUACAUUUAUACAAUACAUUAAAACAAAAAGUGAAUUUAUCCAUUGCUAAUUAUUAUCUGUUCUUUACUUCAGUAUCAACAGGGCUUUCACAUGCUUCUAUUGCAUUAUUACCAUCAAGUUUUGCAAUGAAUUGUACUGCAUUAGCUACAAGUAAUUUGAUUCAAUAUUUCCAUUCAAGAAAUCUAGGAUAUGCCCUAUUAGUGACUUUUUGGUUCAUAACUGGUGGUGUUAUUGGAUGGCCAUUUGUUCUUGCUUUAGCUGCUGUUUCUACACUUGUGAUCAUUGCACAAAAUUUGAAAUCUUUCUUAAUAACAAGACGUUAUAUUGGUUGGUCAUUCUUCAUAGUUUUAGUUAUAAUAGGAACUUCUUUACAAAUUGAUUCAACUUUUUAUGCAAAGACUGUCUUGGUUCCUGCAAAUAUUGUCUUGUAUAAUGUCAUCUUUGCUGAUGAAAAUGCUGGUCCAAAUAUCUUUGGUGUUGAACCUUUAAGUUAUUAUAUCAUUAAUUUGUUGUUGAAUUUCAAUAUUAUUGCAAUUUUGGGUUAUAUUGGUAUCAUUGCUGUACCUGUGCUAUCAUUCACAGGUUUGAAACCAAAUAAAUUAUCAAACUUAGAAAUUAUAACUAUUUUAUCACCAAUUGCAGUAUGGAGUGGGAUUUUCUUUAGUCAACCACAUAAAGAAGAAAGAUUUUUAUAUCCAAUCUAUUCCACAAUUAAUUUAUCCGCUGCUUUUACAUUAUGGUAUGUUUCCAAAACCAUUAGCUGUAUCACUCAAUCAAUUACAAAAUCUUCCAAAUCUUCAUCAAUCUUCAAAUCAAUCAUUGUUUCCACUAUCUUAAUAUUAACAUUUAUAAUUUCAUUAUCUAAAACAGCAUCAUUAUCAAAUAAUUAUAGUGCACCAUUGGAAAUUUAUAAUUCUUUACCAAGAAAUGAAUCAGGUAAUGUAUGUGUAGGAAGAGAAUGGUAUAGAUAUCCAAGUUCAUUUUUCCUUUCUCAAAAUCAAAGAUUAAAUUUUAUAAAAACAAAUUUUAAUGGAUUAUUACCAGGUGAUUUCAAUGAAACCAUUGGGAAAUUUCAAUCAAUUAGAAUAAUUCCAGAAAAUAUGAAUAAUUUAAAUAAAUUUGAACCUUCAAAAUUAUCCAAUUUUGAAAAUUGUGAUUAUGCUAUUGAUAUUUCACAACCUGUUGAUUCAGAAACUGAAGAAAUUGGAUUUUUAAAUGAACAAGGUGAAAUUAGAAAAGGUUGGGAAUUGAUUAAAUCUGUUCCAUUCUUAAAUAAUGAUGAAAGUGAAGGUAUUGGUCGAUUAUUAUGGAUUCCAAAACAAUUUUUUCAAUUAACAAAGACAAAAUUAACUUAUCAUAGUUAUAAUUUAUACAAAAAAGUCGAAUAG